GUCUUGCCCAGUCAGAGAAGCCAAACAUCUGGCGUGUGGUCAUAACGUUACAAAAAAAAAAAAACCUUCGCAAUAUUGAAUGACCUUCCGUCCAUAAUUACGGCUAUUAUUAUUGACAGUCAUCGCUUUUCUCGACCAGAGUUCAGGUCCAAGGUGAAGGUCACAGGGCCGAUCAGCUGUCAAAGGGCACGUCUUACUCACAUCUGAGUCGUCUUGUUGUGUGGCGGCGGCGUGAAGAUUAUCUCUCUCUCUCUCUCCAGCUGAGGGUCAUAGUUCAGCCACACCAUACCACACCACACCACACCACACCACACCACACCACUCGGUGAUUGCGUGUGUGUAUUGUUGUUGUUGUCGUUGGUGUUCAUUCGUCAAAGGCGAAAGCGCCGCAGUUGCAGCUUUGGAGAACGAUAGUGUGUUGUGGCAUUGUGUUGUGACAGUGACAGUGUGUGUGGUGACGUCAAGAUUGUGUUGAGAGUUCACCCUCCAGCCAGCAACUGAGAAAUUUCUUCCACAAGCUUACAAGGGUUUCGCAGUUCAGACAGAACCUGUGUCCGCACUCCAACUUCAAACCAUGCAGGCGAAUAACGAAAACAACCAGGCGAGAGUCCGCCACCGGCAGAACGCCACCCCCAGCACGUCCAAUCUCCUGUACCGACUCAUCAUGAACGGCGUGCACUUCGUCCUCCGCUUCUACAUCACGUGCCUGCUCAUCGCCUACGACUGGGCCGUGCGCGUCAUCCGAGGCUUCACCACGCCCUUCGAGCCCGUCAUGAAAGAAGUUCGCAAAGUCCCCAAAAAGGACAUAAGUGUGGAGGGAAUCUUCUACCAGGUGCUGCGUCUGCAGUUCCUUAUGGUGCUGUACGUGUCGCCCUUUGCCAUCGGCGCCGCUCGUUACCUCAGCCAGCCCUUCUUCUGGGUCAAAGACUGGAUGGUGGACUACGUGAGGUACGACGAGGAGGCGAGGCAGGAGAAAGAUCCCACGAUUCUGAAGGAGGGUUAAUUGAGACCAGACACAGACACGGACACAGACACUCCACAAGCCCCCAUCCCCCUUCUACCCAUAUCCCC